AUGGCAUGGAGUGAGAUGGCGUGGCUCGCGCUCGCCGCCCUGUUCGUCGCGCUGUUCGCGAACGCCACCUCGCGGGCGCCCACGCAAGAACCGAUUCUCUUCGAAGCUGCUUUUCAAGGAAAGUGCGGCGAGGGCAGCCCAUGCGAGCAGCUGUGCCGCGAGCUGCACGACGGCACAUACGAAUGCGGCUGUGGCCCGGGCUUCGUGCUGCACGUCGACGGCUACGGCUGUUUAGAACUCAACGCCACAAAACCAACUGAAGACGUCAAAGAGGAUGUUAUUUACCAAAAGGACGUGUCCUUCUCGGCCGAGUUAGAAGUCGCCCCGUCCAGUAGAAUUAGUAAAAGUAAUAUAUACGAUAUACAUAUCGACACAACAGUUCAACCAAUCAGUAAAGAAGAAAAGAGAGAGAACUAUUCGUUAACAGGAGAGAAGAGUAAGGAGAUAGAUGGAUUGAGGAGUCUGAUAGAGGAUGGUGUUAGUAAAGCAGAUUUGAAUAUAAUUUCUGAUGGGGCCGGAGAUAUUGAUAAGCUGAGGGUAACUACUUUGGGGCCGAGCUUAGAGCAAAAGGUGCCAGGUGGUACGUCAUCGCCAGCGCAGACACAGGCCGUUGAAAUUUGCUCCUGUGACCCUUGUACAGACCCAAGAUGUACCUGCGAACUAAGAAAUUGCAAAACCGAUCAAAAGAUAUCCGCGCCGCGUUUUUCCGGGUCUUCUUGGAUAGCAUUACACGCACUGCGCGGCGCUUAUAAACGGGUUAGAUUACGGAUCCGCGUGAGGCCCGAACGGGCAAGGGGUGUCCUUUUGCUGACUGGCGAGCAUGAUGAUCUAUCUGGCGAUUAUCUGGCACUGAUACUGAGAAACGGACACGUGGAAUUGAGAUUCGACUGUGGAAGUGGUGCCGGGGUGCUCCGGUCACCAGAACCGAUCCGCCUGGGAAGAUGGAACACAAUAUCUGUCUACAGACACCGCUGGGAUGCGUGGCUUAGGCUAAACAAUGGAAAACGUGUUAGAGGACGGUCAAAGGGCUUGUUCUCAAGAAUGACAUUCCGGGAGCCUGUGUGGGUUGGCGGCGCUGGCAACACCACAGGUCUCCAGACCAAAUUAGGACUAACUGAAGGGUUUCUAGGCUGUGUCGACUUCCUUAGAAUCAACGGAGACACGUACAGACUGGUGAAAGAUGCAGUUUCCACAUUGGAUAUCAGUGAAUGUGCUCCGACACUGGCUCCGUGGCGACCAAUAAAUGAAGUCACAAGCGAAAUAAUACCACACCGACACAACGAGUUGGACCACGCGAUCUACGACAUAAACGACAUAGUCAACUUCGAAGACAACGACAUCGUGAUGCGCGACUCGAAGGACCAAAACAAAAUGGACAAUUUCGUGAUGAAAUACAAUGAAAUCAAAAAUAUCAAAUUCGUUAAUGAUAAACGGGAUACGAAGUUUGUUGAUGAUACUUAUAAUGAUUUGAAAGGUGAUGCGAUGAGGAUGAUGAGAGAAGAUUAUUGUGACUGUCAACAUGGCGGCGGUUGUGUGGGGAGAAGUUGUCUAUGUCCUUUGGGAUAUGCUGGUGAUAAAUGCGAGAUUACACUUGAUUUGAAGGUGCCUAGGUUCAACGGUUCCUCCUACCUGCGGUUGCCUGGCUUGGGUAAUUCGGCGCAGUCGUGGCUAGAUAUACAGAUAACAGUGAAACCUACGAAUGGUGAUGGGCUGCUGUUGUAUGACGCCGAAGACCAGAGUGGUGAUGGGGAUUUCUUUUCGCUGCAUCUAAGGGAAUAUUUCGUGGAGUUCGCUUUCGAUUUAGGCUCUGGGAUCGCUCUUGUCAGAUCUGCCUACCCCCUAAAACAAAACGAAUGGCAUAGAAUAUCAGUGAACCGAUCGGGUCGUCACGCCUCCCUACGCGUCCGAUACGACACCGACACGACACACGACGCGUCGCGGUCUGUGACAUCGCGCGGGAUCGCCAAGUACUUAGAGCUACGGCAACCGAUGAUGCUGGGCGGCGCGCCUCAACCGUUGCCCCCGAGAUUGGCGCUGAAGACUUCCUUUAGUGGUUGUGUUGGACAAUUGAUAAUAAAUGAUGAAGAACUAUCUGUAGUUUCAUCGGCUUUGGGAGGCGUGAAUGUUGACAACUGCGACGAACCCAGAAAUAACUCUUGCAACGACAACCUAUGCAGAGAAAACGUUGAAGAAUUAUACGCAAAGAAUGAAACGGAAAACGAAGUUCACCAUUCGAUAGUCCCAAAAAAGGGUUUCAAACUCAAAUACCACAAAGCGAAACCCAAAAAGCGCAACCACAAUUCUCAUAUGGAGAAAUACAAAAGAAAAGGGUUUACAUCGGGUAAAAAACACAUAUCCAGUAGGAGUAACGAAAUUAUGACCGAGGGCCCGGUGUACGACGGACAGACGUACAUGCAAGUGAAAUAUUUGAGUAGUAACGAAAUUAAUUGGGGGGAUACUAAUACCUAUCCCAGUUUUACGGGAACUGACAGCUUUAUUCAUAUCGACGAUGAAGAGACGAUGAAGCGUUUACUAAGCUACACGUUGGAUAUCAAUAUUCGCUUCCGUUCUAUAUCGGCGAACGGUUUACUUGUCUGGAGCGGUAGAGCGCCGCUAGCACCGACGGCGGACUUUCUUUCCCUAGCUGUCGAAAAUUCUGUACUUGUAUUUAGAUACGAUUUGGGAAGUGGUGAAGUAGUAAUUAUAGCUAAUCAUACCAAAGUGGACGAUGGUUUGUGGCACAGAGCGAGAGCGACAAGAAACAGACAAGCGGGUGUCCUAGAAGUGGACGGUUUAGGAUCUGUCGGUAAAAUAUCCCCCGGAAAAUUAAAACAACUGAACACAGAGAAUGGCUUAUACAUAGGUGGCCUCCCGUCCAUAGACAUCAACACAAACGGAAGGUACAAGAGCGGUCUAGUGGGAUGUGUCUCCCAAAUAUCGUUGAGCGGGGACUUUGACAUUCCCUUAACACUGUCAAAACUGCCCCAUACUAUAACUAAUAAUGUCGGCCGAUGUACCCCAUAA